AUGCAUCAUCAUUUGAACACAAUUGCUGUGACUCUAGCGGCCAUUGGCCUUGCUGGUGCACAGAACAGCAGCUGGAAUCAUAAUCUUUUUACUUCGAGUCCACCAGUGUAUCCAAGUCCGGAAACCGCGGGCACUGGCUGGGAGGCUGCUCUGGCUCAAGCAGAAGCCUUCCUAGCUAAUCUGACCUUGGAGGAGAAAGCUGGGAUGGUUACAGGCUGUUCUGGACCUUGUGUCGGCAAUAUCGCUCCCAUUGAGCGUCUGGGUUUCGAUGGACUCUGCUUGCAGGACGGCCCUUUGGCCAUUAGACAAGCGACCUAUGCUUCAGUGUUCCCUGCUGGGUUGACUACUGCAGCCUCGUGGGACAAAGGACUUAUGUAUACCAGAGGGCUGUAUAUGGGUCAAGAAUUCAAAGGCAAGGGAGCUAAUGUUGCACUUGGACCCGUUGUUGGCCCACUUGGUCGCAAUGCUCGUGGCGGACGCAAUUGGGAAGGCUUUUCGCCCGAUCCCUUCCUCACGGGUAUUGCUGUCGAGCAGACCAUCUGGGGCAUGCAAUCUACAGGGCUUCAAGCUUGUGUCAAGCACUACAUCGGAAACGAACAAGAGACUCAACGCAAUCCAUCUAUCACCAAAAAUGGGACUACUAUUGAAGCAGUUUCUUCGAAUAUCGAUGAUCGCACCAUGCAUGAGCUUUACUCAUGGCCAUUUGCCAAUGCAGUCCGAAGUGGUGUCGCUUCGGUCAUGUGUUCUUACAACAGAGUCAAUGGCUCGUACAGCUGUGAGAACUCCAAGACUUUAAACGGUAUCCUUAAAGAAGAGUUUGGUUUCCAGGGCUACGUUAUGAGUGAUUGGGGUGGUACCCACAGCGGAGUCCCCUCAAUCAACGCAGGCCUCGACAUGGAUAUGCCUGGUACGAUCGGAUUCUUUGUAAGCGACAACAGCUACUUCGGCAGCAACAUCACCACCGCUGUCAAUAAUGGCUCCCUUUCCGAGGCUCGUCUCGAUGACAUGAUCAAGCGUAUCAUGACACCAUACUUCCACCUCAAGCAGAACACAGACUAUCCCUCCAUUGACCCUAGCGGAGCGAUAGGUGGGUUUUUCAGUGUUGAACCCACGACUGUCCAGUUCCCUCUUGGUACAGUUGCGAACGUCGAUGUCCGUGCCAACCAUGCUACAUUGAUCAGAGAACUUGGUUCUGCUGGAACUGUUCUGUUGAAGAAUGUCAACAAUGCUUUGCCAUUGAAGGCGCCGAAAAACAUCGCGGUACUAGGUAAUGACGCUGGAGAUCUGAUCAAUGGUGAAUACUUUGAUAGUUCUCCUUAUUCGCAGAAUGCAUUUGGAUUUGAGUAUGGUACGCUGCCAGUAGGAGGCGGGUCUGGCACGGGUCGCAUGUCUUACCUCGUUGAUCCGCUCACCGCUAUCAAGGCCCGAGCUGCCCAGGACGGUAGUCUUGUACAAUGGAUUCUCAACAACACUUUGCUUUCUACACCUAGUGGCCUUUCAAGCCUUGCGCCAUCGCCACCAGAUGUGUGUCUUGUCUUCCUAAAGACUUGGGCUCAGGAAGGCCUCGAUAGAAGCACGCUCCUAGCAGACUGGAACAGUACUGCGGUCGUCGAGUCAGUGACCAGUGUUUGCAAUAACACCAUCGUUGUCACUCACUCUGGCGGACUGAACGUCAUGCCUUGGGCCAAUAAUCCCAAUGUCACUGCUAUCCUAGCAGCGCAUCUUCCAGGUACUGAAAGUGGCAACUCCCUGGUCGAUAUCCUCUAUGGCGAUGUGAACCCCAGUGGUAGACUGCCUUACACUAUUGCCAAGACUCAGGAAGACUACUCCUUUGCCGACAUCACUAACAGCACUGCUUUGGCUACUACCACAAACCCAAAUGCUUGGCAAUCGGACUUCGAGGAAGGUCUAUUGAUUGACUACCGUCAUUUCGAUUACUAUAAUCAAAGCGUCCAGUACGAGUUUGGCUUUGGCCUUUCGUAUUCGACUUUCGAUAUUUCGUCCUUGAGCGUCAGCAAUGUCUACGGUGGCUCCAACAUCACCAGCACGCCUCCCCCUGCCAAGAUCAUCCCUGGUGGCAACCCUACUCUUUGGGAUGUCCUUUACCGCGCUACAGUGACUGUCUCAAACACAGGUGAUAUUGCCGGCGCUACAGUCCCUCAGCUCUAUUUGUCACUCCCUCAGAUCCCUAGCGAGGAUCCUACACCGCUGCAUGUGCUUCGUGGUUUCGAGAAGGUCAGCCUUCAACCAGGGCAAAGCACGGUAGUCAACUUCGAUCUCACCAGACGUGAUCUCAGCUACUGGAGCGUGUUCCAGCAAGAGUGGAUCAUUGCAGCAGGAGAGAUUGGAGUUUCGGUUGGCUUGAGCAGCAGAGACUUCAAGGCGACCUCUUCGUUCAGGGUUCUGUAA